GUUAGAUUUCGCUUCUAAGCAGCUAAUUAUUCAAUCUACAAAAUGGUUACGUAUUUCCGAUGCCACUGCACCCCUGGUCCUAGACAAUUAGACACUACGUAAGCGGAUAGUUGCCCCGCAGUCGAGGCCGUUCCACAACUUUACUGCAUGUAUUUCUUGGCAGUCAAACCAGGACUCUAUGUCGGCCAAAGAUUUCCCGUUCCCGCCUUGACGGUAAGCUCACCUUAUGCGCGCAACCAAUAAAAUGCCUGGUUACCAAAUGACAGCACAGCAUACGUCAUUGAGUUGUUCAAGCAAAAGGGUGCACAGCAAAUCAAGGAUGUAAGACACAAGGUGAGGCCCAAACUGAGGAAUCUUUAGAUGAUGAGUCCAGCGUCCCGUAAAUGUUCUUCUGCUUCGUAUAUCCUUGAGUAACUUUAGGUUUAGUUGAGCGAUCAUCUUCUGGAAUAUUAUCUUAAGAGUCACGUACAUCACAAUAUCAAGAAACGUACUUACCAAGCAGAAAGCAAACGCCACCUAUAGUCAUAAUAUCCCGUCUACUUAAUAUAUCAAAACGCCGACAAUAUGGAUCUUCUUCUAUCACUUCCGAUAGUUUCAUACUUCGGCGGGCCGAUGUUAACCUCGUGGUCGGGAUCAAUGAACUUAUUGUUCUUUUACAUGACCUGGACAACCCUCGUUCUAUCGCAUUCGCCCUUGAAGAUAGAGUUAGUCGGUACAUUAGCUGUGCGCAUAGUAUUCUGGCUAGUUCCGUCGCUUUUCUUCCUAUUAUUCGAUACGUUAGUUCCUAGCUUAGCGGCACCCAUAAAGCUCUAUGGCUCUAUAUCUCUACCGCAGCGCAAUGCAGCCUCGUUGCUUCGGCAGGUGUUACUUGCCAUCUUCAAUCUUGCGCUCAGCACCGCCGUGCAAGCCGGCAUCUCGAUAGGUGCGGGAACAUUUCUACAUCACCCUCUUUUCAAGACGAGCACGGCGCUACCACUCCCAUGGCAAAUUGCGAAACAUAUCCUGAUGCUCUACACCGCGCGCGAGGUCUUGACAUAUCAUAUCCACCGGUAUAUCCUUCACUCGGGUGGUAGGAUAGCGAAACUUCAUGGCGCAUAUGCACAUGCUCGUAAAAGCGGCGCGCCGUACGCACUCAUGGUGUAUACGGACCAUCCGCUGCCCCUCCUCCUCAACCGAACCCUACCCGUGUACCUACCAGCAAUGGCCAUCCAGCCACACCUACUCACCUAUUUUUUAUUCACGAUCUUAACAACACUGGAGGAAAUGCUCUCGAUGUCUGGCUACAGCAUCGUACCAGGCAUUAUCAUGGGUGGCAUCGCCCGACGUACAGCGGCACACUACGCGGGUCGAGGACGUGGGAAUUUCGGCGCUUGGGGACUGCUAGAUUGGGCUAGCGGUACGAGCGUAGGGAAGGAUGUUGUCGAGGAUAUUCAAGAUGAGGCGGAGAAGCACCAAGUUAAGGAGCGGUCGCAGAGCGCUGUCAGUGAUGCGGGUAACAUGGUGCAGGAUGGCAUCGAUGGAUUGAAGAAGGCUCGUAAGGGCCGGAAGAAGAACUCGGAUUCUUGAUUUGGCAGUCUUUUGGGGGUUCUACGGUUGCGAACGAUAUAUGACGAUCGAUCUUAUUUAUGAAUCGGUCUGGGGAAAAGCUCGCUCGGAGUUUGGCGUAAGGGGGAAACUGGAGAGGUUAGACGCAAGCGCCUAACGACUGUAAGAAUAUGGGAUAAACAAGAAGAGAAUCCUGAUUUUCGGGAUGUCAUGAUAAGGAAGAGAAGCAAUUUAUAUCUUAUGUUUUACUAGGAAAUUCGCCCAUCUUAUACGUUUAGAAUCUUGUUGUG